AUCGCCCCAACGGAGUCGAUAUCUUGACCGUCUGAGUCAAUCACGGCGAGACAGACAAGUCCAUUACAGGUCGCUUUACCUUUGAAGUAUGCUAUGCUCAGAUUUCUCCGCUCCGCAAUGACUUCACUCACUACACCACCUCGCGUUCCUAUCCCCGCGAACGGGGUCGACUAUCGUGGCAAAAUAGUCCUUGCGCCGAUGGUCCGAUCGGGAGAAUUACCUUCUCGCCUUACAGCCCUUAAAUAUGGUGCAGAUCUGGUCUGGGGUCCCGAAACGAUUGAUCGCGCUCUCGCCGGCGCCUCUCGCCGCGUCAACCCUCGCAACGGAUGCAUUGAAUAUACGAGGCUGCCGUCGAACGGUGGUCGCACCGAAGCAGCAUCACAGGAAUCGGUUAUUUAUCGCCUUGAUCCGGUGCGAGAGAAAGGGAAACUCAUCUUCCAACUCGGUACAGCCUCGCCCGAGCUCGCUGUGGAAGCCGCCAAGAUGGUCGCUGGUGAUGUUGCUGGGAUCGAUGUGAACUCCGGAUGUCCGAAACCAUUCAGUACAAGCGGCGGUAUGGGUGCUGCGUUGUUACGGACACCUGAUAAACUGGUUUCAAUUCUGGAGGCGCUUGUCCGCGAGGUUGGCAACCCUUAUCAAAUCGGUAUCUCCGUGAAGAUCCGCAUCCUUGAGAAGUCGGAGAUUACAGAGGAGUUGGUCUCAAGGCUCGUCAAGACAGGCAUUACAGGCUUAACGGUCCAUUGUCGAACACCAGCCAUGCGUCCUCGCGAACGGGCAAUCCGCGACCAGCUACGUAUGAUCCGCGACAUCUGCCAUAACGCUGGUGUCGCAUGCCUCAUGAAUGGCGAUGUGACCUCCCGUGACCAGGCGCUGGCUUUGAUGGAAGAGUUCGGUGUAGAUGGAGCAAUGAUUGCAACAUCCGCCGAGGCUAAUCCUUCCUGUUUCCGAAGCGAAGCAGAUGGGGGUUUGCUUCCAUUCAGAGACGUCGUUCACGCUUACCUAAAGUUCUGUAUCGAGUCCGAGAAUCGUUUCGGUAACACCAAGUAUCUACUGAAUGUCAUGAUCCCGGGCAAGAACAAAGAGUUCCAGGACGCAAAGGGCUCCAAGAACUAUGCCGAUUUCUGCCACAUGCUGAGGUUCGACGAUCUCAUGCCAGCUGCGCUCCAAGUCGAUGAGAUUCUAAACCUCACGGGAAAAUCAGCUUUUUUCAAGGAAGAGACAAAGAACAAAGCUGUCCAGAACGCCAUUGAGAAUAACGAAACCGCUCGGGCAGCCGGUGGUGCUUCAAGACCGAAAUCUACGUCCCCCGCCACCAGCGGUGUGGGACCAAUUCGUACUAGCUCCAUCCCUGCCCCUACGAAAUCGAAGCCUAAGGAGAACGAGGCCAAUCCCGAAAUCCCUGAAUCGGCUUCUCAGACAUCCCAGAAACAGGAAGUCGCCGCAUGAGCUCGGGACAGGCUCCUCUAUGAAACCCAGUUUCAUAAUGAUUGAAAGUCCCUACUAUUGUUCCUCGUCCCUCCGCUUACCUGCGCCUCACUUUUUCUUCCUUUGUUGUCUUGGUCGCAUUAUAUGGUGUUGAAAUAUCGGAUUAUUCUUUGGUGUUCAUAGUUAUAGAUUCCCUUGGUGUGAUAAAAUCCAGUCGGUUGAAGACUUCUGAAUUUCAACGGUACAUACACGAAUAUAUUAAAAUCAUGGAUGUCAUC